AUGAGAUGGUGGAGACCUUUGCGUGUUUUAACAAGAAAGUAAGCUGUGAUUCAUGUUAAAUUGGAUCUGUCUUUUAUCACAAACACUACCCAGCCUUGGUAUGGAGCCAAGGUUGUCGACAGAAGUCAACAGUUUGAUGAAGGAUGACCCCAGCAGUUUGAAACGGUACAAGGCCCAUCGCACGGCUGUGCUCAUCCAUCUCAUGCGAUGGGCAGCCUGAAAGAGGAUGCAGCUGUGGAGUAUGUCUACUGCAGAGGUGCUGUCACUGAGUUGCUUAAAUACGGGCACAGAGACCUGUACAUAGCUACUAAAAACUCUAAUGCACCCAAAGUACUCUUCCUCAUUAUCCCAGGCAACCCUGGCAUAGUGGGAUUUUAUAAGACCUUCAUGUGGACAUUAUAUCAGGCAUUUAACCAAAGAUACCCAGUCUGGGCUGUGAGUCAUGCUGGACACUGUGUGCCUCCAGACACAAUGGAUAUGGUUGAAGAUGCUCCGGCGGCCGAGUCAGAGGAUGUUUUUGGCUUGAAUGGACAGAUUGAGCACAAACUGGGCUUUCUCUUAGAACAUGUGCCCCGAGACACACACCUCGUCCUGAUUGGUCACUCAAUCGGCUGCUACAUCAUUCUGGAGAUGAUGAAGAGAGACGCAGAGUUAAAGGUGGUGAAGUCCGUGCUGCUGUUCCCCACUAUCGAGCGCAUGGCCUCUAGUCCGCAGGGCAAGGUCAUGACUCCUGUGCUGUGCCAUCUGCGCUACGUUGUCUACUUGCCAAUCUUCCUUCUCUCUCUCCUACCUGAGAGGCUCAAGGCUGGCAUGGUGCAGCUGGUUUUCAGGAACAUGCGUUCACUAGAUACAUCCUGCGUCUCAGCCACCCUCAGCUUGAUCAAUGUUGACUGUGCUGCUAAUGCUAUGUAUAUGGGAAGUCAAGAAAUGAAGAUGGUGCUAGAUCGAGAUAACUUGACCAUACAACAGCAUCUUGACAAGCUUGUUUUUUACUACGGAGCCACAGACCACUGGUGCCCUGUGCAGUACUACCAGGAUAUCCGAAGAGACUUUCCUGAUGGAGACAUUCGUUUGUGUGAACGCGGCCUACGCCAUGCAUUUGUCCUGGAUGCAGGUGACGAGAUGGCUAACAUGAUCACAGAGUGGAUCCGUAAUGACCUAAGAGGAUUAUAGUGCUCCUAAUAUCAAAGCAAACCUGACCACUGACCUGCACAGGCCCUGUAUUCCACUUCAGUUCACAGUGACUUACGAGGAACAGAUUAUCAAAGACCUUUUAAAGGCCUUUAUUAUGGUACUGAAACCCAAUGCUUCUCAAUAAACACGUGAAAAUGCCCAGAUCUUCAAAUUUCAGAUUUCCAAUUUCCGAUGAACUUUAGUUUUGUCCCGACCCCGAGCUUCUGUUAUUGUUUUUGUUGUUUAAUUCAGUGACAAUGUAAGUUAAAUCGGUAAGCACACAUUUCCUGUUUUGUGACCAAAGUUUUCCUAGAUUGUGCAAAUCUGAUUAACAGUCAGAUGAAAGUGUAGGGGGAAAAAACACGAGCCAUCAUUGCAACAAAACAUAGACCUCCAUAGACCCAAAUCUGGUGGGUGGUAACCCCCCAUCCCCACCCAAAAAAAAAAAAAAAGAUUUUUAUAUUGUGUAUUGUAAUUUAAUAUUAAUGGUUGGACCAGUGGCUUAUCAUUAAACUAUAAUAAAUUAUGGUAAAAUGUCAA